GCCGCGCCGCCGUCGCUCUCCAACGCCAGCGCCGCCUCUCGCUUGCCAAGCUCCAGCCGAAGGAGAAGAGGGGUAAGUAAGGAGGUCUCUGUACCAUGGCUCGUACAAAGCAGAAUGCCCGCAAAUCGACCGGUGGUAAAGCACCCAGGAAGCAACUGGCUACAAAAGCCGCUCGCAAGAGUGCGCCCUCUACUGGAGGGGUGAAGAAACCUCAUCGUUACAGGCCUGGUACUGUGGCGCUCCGUGAAAUUAGACGUUAUCAGAAGUCCACUGAACUUCUGAUUCGCAAACUUCCCUUCCAGCGUCUGGUGCAAGAAAUUGCUCAGGACUUUAAAACAGAUCUGCGCUCCCAGAGCGCAGCUAUCGGUGUUUUGCAGGAGGCAAGUGAGGCCUAUCUUGUUGGCCUUUUUGAAGACACCAACCUGUGUGCUAUCCAUGCCAAACGUGUAACAAUUAUGCCAAAAGACAUCCAGCUAGCAGGCCGCAUACGUGGAGAACGUGCUUAAGAAUCCACUAUGAUGGGAAACAUUUCAUUCUUAAAAAAAAAAAAUUCUCUUCUUCCUGUUAUUGGUAGUUCUGAACGUUAGAUAUUUUUUUUCCAUGGGGUCAAAAGGUACCUAAGUAUAUGAUUGAGAGUGGAAAAAUAGGGGACAGAAAUCAGGUAUUGGCAGUUUUUCCAUUUUCAUUUGUGUGUGAAUUUUUAAUAUAAAUGCGGAGACGUAAAGCAUUAAUGCAAGUUAAAAUCUUUCAGUGAACAAGUUUCAGCGGUUCAACUUUAUAAUAAUUAUAAAUAAACCUGUUAAAUUUU